UUACGAUGCCACGUGAUUUGGAUUGUAGUUGACUACUAUCUAUAAAAACGAUGAUACUAUUCGAGAAGAGAUUAUACUCAUCAUCUCACUCUUGUUCCUCUUUAAACUCCUCCUUUGAUUUCUUUUGCUCUCUUCAUGGCGAUGUCAUUCUCCGGAGCUGUUCUCAGUGGGAUUUGUUCUUCUUUCCCCAGCGGAGCAGCACAGCAGAGCGGCGUUGGCGCCGUCGGUUUUGGCCGGAAAACUGAGCUCGUCGUCGUCGCUCAGCGCAAGAAGUCGUUGAUCUACGCCGAUAAAGGUGACGGGAACAUUCUUGAUGACCUCAACGAGGCCACAAAGAGAGCUUCGGAUUAUGUGACAGAGAAGACAAAGGAGGCGUUGAAAGAUGGCGAGAAAGCAAAAGACUACGUUACUGAGAAGAACGUUGAAGCCAAAGACACUGCAUUGGAUGAAGCUCAGAAAGUUUUGGAUUAUGUGAAGGAAAAAGGAAACGAAGGAGAGGCUAAGGACACCAAAAGGCAUGAUGAUUCAACCACUUAACUAGUAUAUUAUAUAUAUAUAUAUAUAUAUUAUAUGUAUCAAUCCUUCAGGUUUCAUGUUAAAUAUUUUACAACACGAUCAUGGUUUGUCUAUUUCACUAUUUGAAAUAAAAGAUAUGUUACUUAACUACU